CUCGCCCCGGAGACCGACCAUCAACAAUGUAUUAUGUAACUUGCAGACGAAAUCGAGACUACCUUUACCUGUGAUUAACGAAAACUCAUCAUGAUAUCGCUUACCUGAUGGUUGAUGUUGUUGCUUUAAGGCUGUAAAAAAGAAUUUUAAAAAUGGAGUUUGUCAUAGGGGCAACAGCAGCCUGUGGGGCAUGUAUUUUCUCCAACCCGAUGGAUGUGCUCAAGACACGCAUGCAGUUACAAGGGGAACUAAAGGCUAGAGGGCAGUACACUAUUAUCUACAGGAACAUAAUUCAUGCUGGCAUUGCCGUAGCAAAGGCUGAUGGGAUAACAGGACUCCAGAAGGGACUAGUACCAGCUCUUUCAUAUCAGGUAGUCAUGAACGGAAUCCGCUUCGGAAUGUACAGAAGGAUCCUCGACUCAGGAGUCAUAUCUCGUGCUGAUGGUAGUGUCUCAUCACUGGGUUGCAUUGCAGCUGGAGCUUUUGUAGGCGUGGUUGGGGGUGUUGUAGGCAGUCCUUUUUAUCUUGUGAAGACUCACCUACAGUCACAUGCAGCAGAGUCCAUUGCUGUAGGUCACCAGCACAAACAUGAAGGUUUCAUACCUGCACUGUACAAAAUUUUCAAUCAAGAAGGUGUCAAAGGUUUAUGGCGAGGAGCAACCACCACCAUACCUAGAGUUGGUGUCGGUUCAGCUGCGCAGCUCUUUUCUUACUCAAAAAGCAAGGAUUGGCUUGACCAUUAUGGGUUGUAUCCACGAGACAGUUGGCAAAGUACAUUUGUUGGUGCUAUGGUUAGUGGCAUAGUGAUUGCAACAUCCAUGAGUCCCUUUGAUGUCAUUGCAACAAGAGUUUAUAAUCAAGGCUUGGACAAACACGGCCGUGGGUUGCUGUACAAGGGCAUCACUGACUGCAUUGUGAAGAUAUACAAGACAGAGGGUGUGUGGGGCUUCUACAAGGGCUGGACCGCUAUUUACUUCAGGAUUGGUCCACACAGCUUCCUCAAUCUCAUGUUCUGGGAUCAUCUCCAGAAGCUCUACCUGAAAUACAGGGAAGAACAUGAUGCCGGUAGAAAUGGAUCAUGACCUUGAAAGCGAGUUUAUGCUUAAUGCUGCAGGUAAUAAUAUUGUAGUUGAAGUUAUUAUUAAGAUGUCCAUGUAGAUGUACUGAUAUAUAUAACUCUUGCACGGUUAAUUGCCUUAGCUAAAAUGUGUUAACAGCACAAAAAAUAUAUUUUAUUGUUAUUAGUUGUUUUAUGUAUAGAAUAUUUUUGUAUAAUAGACUUUAUUUUAUAGGUGUAAAUAAUCUUAUAUAUUAAUUUGUUUAUCAUGAAAGCCAUCUUUUGUGUAGAAUUUUUUAACCCAAGGAGAAUGGUGCUCCAUUAGUUUUGUAUAUUCAUCUUGAAUUAUAUGAAUUUUUAUUAUUUUGAUAUUUCAGUUUUUUUUUUUUUUUAUCUCAUUGAGAUAAAGUGUCCAGGAAUAUAACUUCUGGAACAUUAACUAUCACUUGCAAAGGUUUUAAUUGCAAAUAACAUACAUUUAUUCCUCAUUAAUUUUGUUAUAUAAAGUACUGGUAUUACUUCCUUUUCAAAUUAAAGCAAAGAUAACUGAAUAUUUUUUUGCAAGUCAAUACUUCAUGUAGUAUUGAAAAGUACAAGAUAUUAAAUGGGGCAUCAAGGAACACAGUGGCAUCUAAAUUAAGAAUACAGUAAGCUAAUACAUUGUAUGUUCAAAGAACCAAAUUUCAAUAUGAAAGUACGGAAAUGCACAAACUUAUUUCACACAGAGUUUGAAAAAUCAUUUGAACUAGAGGUUCAUUGUUCAUGUGCUUGUAAUAAACUGUAUUAAUAACAUAUUAUUGUAUUGGUACAAUGUUAAAGUCCAUAUAUAAUGUUUUUCUAAAGAAUCGGAUACAUUAACCAGCAAUGUUGAUUUGAACUGUCAGUAUGAUGUUGACAAUUGAGUGUACUUUUUUCACAAUUUAUUAUGCAAAAGUAAGAUGUGAAUCUAAUCAGCGUACUAGAAAUAAGAUAUAAGUGGAAAAUGUGAGAAAUUCUGACUUUAAGUAUAGUGCCUUUUCUAAAACUUUUUCAUUCAGUAAUUUUUCUAUGCGAUAACAAAAGAACAUCUUCCUGUUUGAAUAUUAAAAUGUCAAAGGCACAUGGUUUGGGAAAAGAUGGAAAUAAACAACUAACACCUUUAUGCGUCACUGUGUUUUAAGGUGCAACUGAUGUAAAAGGGUCCAUAUGUUAUGUCAUUACACAAAGAACAACAGCUUGUCAGUUUUAGCAUCAUUAAAAGUAAACCACAUAGGUUUAAUUUGUUUGGGGUAUAACAAAUUGUUUUGCAGCCUGUACAAUUAUGAAGAAUUAGACUUUUUUGUUGUUGUUUUAUGAGUAAUGAUUAAAAAUUUUCCUGUUUUAUAUAGAAAGCAUUAAGUAUAGCCUACUGAUUUUUUUAAAUGUUGAUAUUGAGACAAAGUAUCUGAUUAAGAGAAGAAAGAAGAAUUAAAGCCUGAAUGUAGUAUUAUUAAAACAGAAAGGCUAAAUUACAGCUGGAAUAUCUUGAAUCUACAUUGACCUUACAAAUUUUGCAAAGUCAAGAAAACAUUUGAUAAUGAAUAGGACAUCUGUUGCAUGUAAUCAGAGCUGUAUGCACCUCUGAUAAUAACAGGAUGUUGAGAUGGUAUUCCACAUAUAUAAUUAUUGAAUUUGUUUUAUCUCCAGGUUCAAAGACCUUUUUAAAUACUAUUAUGCAGAUUGUUUAACAGGUAAUUUUGCAUGUAAUCUAUGGAAAUUUAAUUCCCAAAUUUAGAACUGCUAAUAUCACAUAUAUAUAUUAAAAGUAAUUUUAAUGGUAAGGAUUUGUUUAAGAAAAUCAGUGAGAUUUUCAAUCGCCUUUAGUUUCUUAUUAGUCUAAUAUUUUCCAGAAUCUUGUUUGCACUGCACAAGGUUUAAUAUAUAUAAUAAUUACAAGGAAGAUAUUUAAAAAAAUCAAACAUGUACUGUAAUGAUAAUUGUAGAAGUUUGGUUCCUAAGGUAUGAUCCCUAUUGCUAUUAAUGUAAUAAUCUAUGCUAUAGGGGGCUUGCAUGCAUGUUAAACACUUUAUUUUUAUUUAGUAUUUAUAUGUGUAUUAUGUCAGACAUGGCCUCAGAGGGACUCCAGUGUUAAACAGAAGGUUGUGAAUCAGACACAGAAACAGUAGAGAAAGAUAAUUUAAAAUGUUAGUAAUAUAUAUGUUAAAUUAACCAUCGUUAUUGGAAAAACAGAUAAGAUAAAGUGCAUUGCAGCCUUUUUACAGAAAUUCUCCACAGUGUUUGCAGUCCUCAGGUGGUGUGUUAGAAAAUGUAAAAAGAAGACCUAAAGAUAUUUAAAAAAGCAGGAAUAAUGAAAUUUGUUCUUUGUGCCAUUUUUAUAGAGUGAUUGUUUUUUAAAGAGUGAAAGCCAGCUGUAAGUGAAAUAAAAAUUCUGGGUUUCAAAUUCUUUUUACAAAUAGGAGCUGCAAAAUAGAUCUACUUUAAAAAAUAGGAAUGAUAAAGAAGAUGUGUCCUCAGUAUACUGAAUCCAGUAUUAAAUAAAAUAAGUUUGACACUUAGAACCAGAAAUAAUCACAUGCAUAUAUACACCAUAUGUAAUAACUGCAAGACCAAUUAUCUUUUAAUACUUGUUGUAUUUGUAUUAAUAAUUGUUGUGUUUGUAUUUACACACUGCACGUCAGUCCACCUCACCAGAAAUUGUGCAGUGUUCCAAUAGUAUUUUUUGUGCCAUGUGAAAAUGGUACAACUAUUUGGAUUUACUCCAUUGUGUCGAGAUGACAUACCUACUGUGACUUUAUUUUAUUGUGUUCAUGCAUAGAUGGCUUCUCAAGUGCUAAGUCAUCUUGGAGUCCGGUAACUAGUCCUACUUAUCUCACAUGUUUACCCUUUUCUUUGAUUUUUAGAGAGAUUCUUCUCAUUUUUUAUUACUGUUAGUAUAAUAACAUUCUUGAUAUUGAUAGCAUCAGAAAAAAUAAGUAAAUAAAAAAGCCAAGAAAUGGGGAAAUUAGGUAAGGUCAUGUAAGGUCUAUUACCUUGUGGAACCAUCUGUGCGCAACAAAAUUCACAAUAAAACUACUGCGGGUAGUACAUGCACUCGUGGCCAAUGGGCUAAGAAAAUGUUAAAAGUAGUGUCUUUACACAAAAGACCAACACAGAUGUCACAGUGAUUAAUUAAAUGAGCCUAAUUCA